CUGAAGUCAGGAUGAUCAUUGAUUAUCCCCGGCUACUAGAUAUUCAGGAGCUGGAACUGGGCGUUACGCAGUCAGACUCACGUGUGUGUCGUCCACAGCGCCAUGGGAGGUGUAAAUCGUUGUCGAAGCUGGAAGUCGUGAACUGUUCACCGGUACGAGAGCGAGAGUGGUGCAAAUCAGGCCCUUCAGUUCGGUCCACCAAGCGCAGGGACUCCAUUGCGCUCGCGUCUUCGUCCUCUCUCGUUCAUUGCUUGCAGUUCUUUCGUCGAAACAUUCUGCUCUCUCUCUCUCUCUCUCUCUCUCUGUGCAUGUGGUUGUGGUCGAUUGUCUUACUGCCGAAGGCAGGGCUAGGAAAGGCGAGAAAACAGGUCGGACCAUCCAUUGCGCGAAUUUAUCACUGCGAAGAUGCUUGCUGUGUUUCACAAGGAGGUGGCCGAGGGACCGGCUGAGCUUCACGCGCAAGGCCCCAUGGUGGCGGCGGAUGGCGCCCAUGGGCGGGAUUUGAUCACCGCCUUCAGGCAAGGAAACCCUCAGGCGGUUAUCGUCUCUUUCGAUUCCGAAAACGCUGUAGCUUACACGCUCGAGAGGCAGAAUCUCUUGAAACCCAGGUCGUUCGGCUCCGUUGACAACAUAUUUACCAUCUUUGAGGGAACUCUUGACAACCUCGCUCAGUUGAGGUUGCAGUACGGACUAGGGAAGAGCGUCACUGAUCAGAUGCUCUGCUUGGAGGUGUAUCGCGUGCUCCGUGAUCGGGCACCGUAUCCGGCUGAUCAAGCCGUUGGGCACUUGAAGGGAGGCUUUGCGUUCAUCACAUUUGACAACUCCUCGAAGACUAUCUUCGUUGCGUCGGACUCAGAGGGGAGAGUGCCCCUUUGGUGGGGCACGACCAGCGAUGGGUCACUUGCAUUUGCUGAUGAUCCUGAGCUCCUGAGUGGCUGUGGAAAAUCAAUGGCACCGUUUCCACCAGGGUGCUUUUUCACAAGUAUGGGAGGUCUGCGGAGUCAUGAAAAUCCUACAAAUGUGAUGAAGCCUGUAACUCGGGUAGACAGUGCUGGUGAUAUUCGACCAUCUAUGUUCAAGGUUGACAGUCAGCAGUCUAUCAAGCCUUCGCUGCCGAAAGUCGGAAGUGAUGUGGAUAUGUAUUUCCCAUAUGGCCAAUGACUGCGUUUUGUAAUGUUGCUGUACAUUGAGUCGGUUGCAUGCAGAGGUAGGCGCAUCGAUGCAACUUCGAGGAGAAUGAUCUUCUCUCAAUUCUCAAGGUCAAGGAUCACUCUCAUCAUUGCUGCAGAAGUAAAGCACAUAUGUGCAAAUUCCAGGAGAAUGGAUUUUGUUGGGUGCGAAUAGAAGCAAGCACAUGAGCAUAAGGUUGAUUUUGUCUUGUAUUGAACUGAUGGAUUGGAAGAUAUGCUUGAGCAGCGGCUUUAUAUGCUUUGCCUGUGUGCGAAAUACUGAUGCUGCAUCCCGUUGGGUGCUCUGUGUGCAUUUGUGGUGGUGGCGGGAGUCUGUGAAGGAAGUGCACUACUGCCGUCCGGUCUGUUUCUCUGGUUCGAGGAUUUAGCUCAGUCGUGCUUUAGUGUCGAUGUGAAUUGUCAAUCAUAACAGCUGCUGAUUUGAUUAGUAUUCAAACCCUCGCCAAUGUGAAUGUGUGCUACCACAUGAGUAGAAAUUUAUGCCCUUUGUUUGAUCAGAUAAAAUGGAUCUUGGUCAUUUUGGAAAAGAUACCAAUCAAGAGUUCUUGGUCUGAUGGAUGAAUCAGAGAACCUCUGCUUAAGAGGUUAAAAUCCGUUAGAUUCUAAGAGGACUACCUGUCAUCGCUUUCUUCUUUCUGAAUGGGUAGUAAAAGGAAUCCCUCCAUGAAGGAACACGGAGACCCAAAAUUUGCAUCUCAAGAGAUCAAUUUCCUUUUGGAGUACUCGUUAUGGAUAACCUGUAACUUCCCAUCUGUGACCGAACCCGCAACUGAACUUUAUGGUGUGUGUGUGUGUUUUAUAUUUCCCCCCACAUUGCUUGUGUAUCGAUGCUUAUUCGCAAGGAGUGAGGAUGCCUGUGUGCAUGUUGUGCAUGCAGUGUGUGUGUGUGUGUGUGUGUGUGUGUGUGUGUGUGUGUGUGUGUGUAUGUGAGAGAGAGAGAGAGCAUGUGACUUCAUCGCUGUCAAAGACUCGUUGGAUUGGGGGUUUGUAGCAGUUUGUGGGUCCUGGCUUCGAGGUAAUGAAAUUGUUGGAAGCAA